UCUGACAUGUUUAGUGAAUGGCGUUCUGCUAAAAAGACUAGACUCGGACAUUUUUAGGCAAGACGGGGAAACUAAUCCGGAAAAAGAAAUCGCACCGCUACUUAGUCCCUGGUCCCGGACCUGCCCUUUUUUUUUUUUUUUAAGUGCGACAAGGUGCCAAGAGCUGUUCUGCCCCUCUAAAUAGACAGCGUGCCCUCACUCAAGAUGGCGUUAAGAGAGCUUCAAUUUGGUACGCUGCUGAUUGGAUGAAGGACAGAGGGCUUCCGGGAGUUUUCAAGCCGACUGUGGGGCAGCUGAGAGGAGUUUUGCACGUGGAACGCCGUUCCGGUGGGCGAGAUGGAGACAGCCCCCAAGCCGGGGAGGGGUGUCCCGCCCAAGAAGGACAAACUUCAGACGAAGAGAAAGAAACCGCGGCGAUACUGGGAGGAAGAGACCGUUCCGACCACAGCCGGAGUCUCUCCAGGGCCUCCUCGUAACAAGAAGAAUCGGGAGCUCCGUCCCCGGGGAGCAAAAAGUACUCACAUCUUAAAGAAGUCUCGGAUCUCCAAGAAGCCUCAGGUCCAGAAGAAACCCCGAGAAUGGAAGAAUCCGGAGUCCCAGCGGAGCUUGUCCGGGGCCCAGGACCCAUUCCCAGGCCCCGCCCCCGUCCCUGUGGAGGUGGUCCAGAAGUUCUGUCGCAUUGACAAAUCCCGAAAGCUACCACAGUCUAAAGCCAAAACUCGAAGCCGACUUGAGGUGGCUGAAGCUGAGGAAGAGGAAACAAGUAUCAAAGCUGCUCGUUCUGAGCUGCUGCUUGCUGAGGAACCUGGGUUUCUGGAAGGGGAGGAUGGGGAAGACACAGCAAAGAUAUGCCAGGCUGACAUUGUGGAGGCUGUGGACAUUGCAAGUGCAGCCAAGCACUUUGACUUGAAUCUGCGGCAGUUUGGACCCUACAGACUAAACUACUCUCGAACUGGGAGACACCUGGCUUUUGGAGGGCGUCGGGGUCAUGUGGCUGCCCUUGAUUGGGUAACAAAGAAGCUUAUGUGCGAGAUCAACGUCAUGGAGGCAGUGCGGGACAUCCGGUUUCUCCAUUCUGAGGCACUGCUUGCUGUUGCUCAGAACCGCUGGCUCCACAUCUAUGACAAUCAGGGCAUUGAGCUCCACUGUAUCCGCCGUUGUGACCGAGUAACACGGCUUGAGUUCCUGCCCUUCCACUUCCUCCUGGCUACCGCUUCAGAAACAGGAUUUCUAACCUACCUGGAUGUGUCAGUGGGGAAGAUCGUGGCAGCUCUGAAUGCUCGAGCUGGGCGGCUUGAUGUUAUGAGUCAGAACCCUUACAAUGCCGUCAUCCAUCUCGGACACAGCAAUGGUACUGUGUCUUUAUGGAGUCCAGCUAUGAAGGAGCCACUGGCAAAGAUUCUCUGUCAUCGUGGUGGGGUCCGGGCUGUGGCAGUGGAUUCUACAGGCACGUACAUGGCCACCUCUGGCCUAGACCACCAGCUGAAGAUCUUUGACUUGCGAGGGACGUUCCAGCCUCUGAGCGCUCGGACCUUGCCCCAUGGAGCAGGGCACCUGGCCUUCUCCCAGAGGGGACUGCUGGUGGCGGGAAUGGGUGAUGUUGUCAACAUCUGGGCAGGGCAGGGCAAGGCCAGCCCACCCUCCCUUGAGCAGCCCUACCUCACCCACCGGCUCUCAGGCCCUGUGCAUGGCCUUCAGUUCUGCCCCUUUGAAGAUGUGCUGGGGGUGGGGCACAGUGGGGGCAUCACCAGCAUGCUGGUCCCUGGGGCUGCUGAGCCCAACUUUGAUGGCCUGGAGAGUAACCCAUAUAGAAGCCGGAAGCAGCGCCAGGAGUGGGAGGUGAAGGCCUUGCUGGAGAAGGUACCCGCAGAGCUUAUUUGUCUGGACCCACGAGCCCUGGCUGAGGUGGAUGUCAUCUCUCUGGAGCAGAGAAAGAAGGAGCAGAUAGAGAGGCUGGGCUACGACCCAGAGGCUAAGGCUCCAUUCCAGCCAAAGCCAAAGCAGAAGGGCCGCAGCUCCACGGCAAGCCUGGUGAAGAGGAAGAGGAAGGUCAUGGAUGAGGAACACCGGGUAGAUGAGCAUUGGGAUGGGCUGGGCCUCCCACAGGCUACACCUUCCUGCUUGUGCCUCUGCCCUUGGCAGCCUGCCAUUUCUUACUCUGUCUCUGUGUCCUCCCUCUCUGGUCCCCAGGACAAGGUCCGGCAGAGCCUUGAGCAGCAGCAGCAGCUGCAGCAGAAGAAGGAAGCAAAGACCAAGCCCACGGGGGCCUGGCCAUCUGCCCUGGACAGAUUUGUGCGCUGAGCCAGGCUCCAGGGUUGCCUGGGGACAGUCUCUCCCAAGAUCACCUGUAAGGAAAUUACUAUUCCCUGGAACAAGGAGGUGGGGACAGUGUGCUCCCUUCCCCAGUUUGGGGGUGGACAGGUGGCUCCUGGGGUGGGUUGGUAUUAAAAAGGAAAGUGGUUUUUUUGGA